AUGGCAGACAUCAUUCGUGACGCACCCCUCGGGCAACUCAUCCGCUGGGCCACAUCAAACCGCCUCCUCCAAUACCCCGAAGAAAAGCCCGACUUCAAGCUCCCCCAGCCAUGGCAACUCCUCCUCGACAACCCCAACGCCGUCAUCGACGAGUCCACCGCUCCCCAAACCCCAGCAUCCUCCUCCUCAUCCACAGCCGGCGACGACAACAACACCCAAACUCAACCCCAAGAUGCUGAAAAGCAACAGGAGUCUGAUACAGGGUCUCCUGCUCCCCUCCACCUCCACCGCACCAAAACUCCCACCGAAACACCAGCCUUCUCCCCCUCCCGCCUCGAAGCCGAGCAAACCCACGCCAUCGAAAAGGUCCAGUCCGUCCCCAUUGUCCCCCGGCGCACAAAGGACGGCGCCAUCCUCGUCGACUGGUACUACAGCGACGACGCCGACAACCCGCAGAACUGGUCCAACAAGAAGCGCGGCCUCGUCGCCGCCAUCAUCUGCCUGUACACCUUUGUCGUGUACACCUCGUCCGCCAUCUACACCACCUCCACGCAGGGCAUCAUGGAGCAGUUCCACGUGUCACAGCUCAAGGCCACGCUCGGUCUGUCCCUGUACGUGCUUGGUUAUGGCAUCGGCCCUCUCCUCUUCUCGCCGCUCAGUGAGAUCCCCCGUAUCGGCAGGAACCCCGUCUACAUUAUCACCAUGUUCCUGUUCGUCAUCCUGUCCAUCCCCACUGCCUUUGCCCCCAACUUUGCUGGCCUGAUGGUGCUUCGGUUCCUGCAGGGCUUUUUUGGAUCGCCGUGCUUAGCUUCUGGCGGCGCAUCCAUUGGUGACAUGUACUCAUUGAUGGCCAUGCCAUACGGACUCGUGAUGUGGGUCAGUGCGGCGUACUGCGGACCAGCACUAGGUCCGCUGCUUUCAGGUUUUUCCGUUCCGGUCAAAGGGUGGAGAUGGUCACUUUUUGAGAGCAUUUGGGCGUCUUCUCCGAUUCUCCUGGCCAUGUUUGUGUCCCUCCCGGAGACAAGUGGGCCCAACAUUCUCCUCCGCCGGGCCCGACGUCUCCGGACCCUCACCGGAAACCCGCGCUUCAUGUCCCAGUCCGAAAUCGACCAGCGCAACAUGAAAGUCUCGCACAUCUUCCUCGACGCGCUCAUCAAACCCAUCGAAAUCACAUUCAAAGACCCCGCCGUUCUCUUCGUCCAGAUCUACACCGCCAUCAUCUACGGCAUCUACUACUCCUUCUUCGAGGUCUUCCCGCUCGUCUACCCCGUCUACUACCACAUGAACCUCGGCCAGGUCGGCCUCGUCUUCCUCUGCAUCCUCGUCUCCUGCAUCCUCGGCAUCGCCAUCUACUGCGGCUACCUCUACUUCUACAUGGACCCUCGCAUCCGCAAGUUCGGCUUCCCCGUCCAGGAGAGCAGGUUGAUCCCUGCGCUUCCCGCAGCCUUUGGUCCCACGAUCGGUCUCUUCCUGUUUGCGUGGACCGCCCGCGAGAGCAUCCACUGGAUUGCGCCCACCAUCGGCAUCACCAUCUACGGCGCGACGUGCUUUGUCGUCAUGCAGUGCAUCUUUGUGUACGUGCCGUUGAGUUAUCCGCAGUAUGCGGCUAGUUUGUUUGCCGCGAAUGACUUCUUCAGGAGUGCCUUGGCGUGUGGGAGUGUGCUUUUUGCGCAUCCGCUGUUUGGGAACCUUGGUGUUGCGAAGGGCGUUUCGCUGCUGGGUGGGCUGAGUGUGAUUGGGAUUGUGGGCAUUUGGCUGCUGUACUUUUAUGGUGCGCGGCUUCGUGCGCUGAAUUGA